AUGAAUGAAGAGUCGCCAUUAAUUGAGUCGGCUAUUGAUGUCCCCCGGCUCCCAGAUAUUGUUUUCGUCAACGUUGGCGGCCGAAAAGCGCGUCUUAACUCUGAAAUCAUCACACGACGCCUUGCCACGUCACGUCUCGCUGUAUUCUGUGAGAAGAGUCAUGUGGAGAGGCUCACGGAUUGUGAUGCGUAUUUUGAGACGACGUCCGAAUACUAUUUCGAGCGGAGUCCCAUCAUUUUCGAGUAUGUCAUUGAUUUCUAUGUGACUGGGAAGUUGCACAGGCCAAUGGAUAUUUGCCCGAUUCGGUUGAGAUAUGAGUUGGAUUAUUGGCGGAUUCCGACACCGUUCAUGUCGCCGUGUUGUAUACUGGAAGAGAAUAAUAAUAUUGCAGGGAAGAUGUCGACGGAGAAGGCAUUCGUCGACUCAUCACUACCGUCCUCUUGUUUCGACAAAGUGGUAUUUGGCCCUCAGCGACUGAAGCUCUACAGACUUAUGGAGAACCCAAGAUCUUCGUCCGGCGCAAAAAUAUUCUCGGUUGGCUCCGCACUUUUUGUGCUUCUCUCCCUGCUUGGACUCAUUUUAAGCUCGAUGCCAGAACUGCAAGACGAGAAUAAAGAACCACAUUAUUUACUGCAUUGGUUGGAGUUGUUAUGCAUGGUAUACUUCACGUUCGAAUACUUGGCACGUCUUCUUGUGAAUCCGAAAAAGGCGGAAUUCAUCAGAAGUCCGCUGAACGUCAUCGACUUGUUGACGGUGUUACCGUUUAUGAUUGAGGCGUUUAAUGAGUUGCAGUGGAUGAAAGAGUUUAGAGGUGCCAUGCUGGUUGUCCGUGUGAUGCGACUCGCCCGUGUCGCCCGUAUUUUCAAACUGGCUCGCUACAGUACUGGUCUACGUGCUUUCGGUGAAACUAUGAAGAAAAGUGCGGCGGAAUUGAGCAUGCUCGGCAUGUUUUUGGUGACAGGAAUCAUGCUCUUCUCGACAGCUAUCUAUUUCUUCGAACGGGAUGAGCCGAAUUCGAAAUUCUACAGUAUACCGGCUGCGUGUUGGUGGUGCGUCAUCACAAUGACAACAGUCGGCUACGGUGAUCUGGUGCCGAUCACAGCCGGCGGAAAAGUGGUCGCCGCGUUGGCAUCCGUCUGCGGAAUUAUUGUUCUCGCCUUCCCGAUCUCCAUGAUUAUCGACAAAUUCGCCGAGUCGACAGGCGGUUGGAGUGGAGGAGAAGGGGAUGAGGAACAUGGUGGACAUCAUCAUCUUCCAAGGACAGUCCAUCCGUUGAAUGGAGCAGGAGGAGGAGCUGUUGGCGGUGGGGGACAACCGGUGAAAAAGAAGAGCAAACGAUAUGUUGGAUUUUAA